UGUGCAUCUGCGUGUGUGUGUGUGUGUGUGUGUGUCCGAUGCACUGUAGGCUACUGAGGCGGCAUCAGUCAGAGCAAGGCAUUUCUCUUUACCCCGGCAAACCUUCAGGGGGCUUUUAGCAUUUGUUCAGUCUGCAGUCUCUGGAAAACAUCUGAUUCAUUUUUUAACCAGUCCCAGAUGCGGCAGUGUGAGUGUGUGUUUGCACGAGCGCGUCAGUGUGAGUUUGUCAGUGCAUGAGAAUUUGAGGAGAAUAUCUGCUGUCUGUAGAGAAGGGGAGGGAGAGUGAACCGUGUGGAUUUUUUUAAUAUAACUUUUUAGGUAUGAACGCAGCGUGCGUCUCAUACUGCGAUAUGACAUCGAUGGAUUCAUAUUAUAGCACGUCUACUGCGCAAGGUAGGGAUCACCAGGCGAACCAGUUCAGGACUUUCCCGACCACUGAAACCAAAUACAGCCCAACGUUCAUUCCGGGUAAAGGGCAGGCUUACGGAGAGAAGUCCCGAAGUCCUUUCCAGCCGGAGUGCCAGUCAUUGGAUGGCGCCGAGGAGGGCUCCUUCAACAAAUAUCAGCUCUUCAUGCAGCGACCAACCUGCAAAACUCCACCCGAAAGCAGCAAGCUGCACCCAGACAGCGGACUCAACGGGACGCUCAUUCCCUGCUAUGGAAAAGACAACAGUGGCCUGACAGAGUCUGAGUUGCCCCCGAGUGUCGACCCAGCAGGGAUGGAAGGCAGCUACCUGAACUUAAAGGGGCCCGGCGAGAAAGGGCCGAGCGAGCGGCCGGGCUCGGACCUUUCCAGCCCUCUGGACAAAAGUGAGGCUGAGAGCAACAAAGGCAAGAAGAGACGCAAUCGCACGACAUUCACAAGCUACCAGCUGGAGGAGCUGGAGAAGGUUUUCCAGAAGACACACUACCCAGAUGUUUAUGCCCGCGAGCAGCUGGCACUGAGGACAGACUUGACCGAGGCUCGUGUACAGGUGUGGUUCCAGAAUCGUAGAGCCAAGUGGAGGAAGAGGGAGCGUUUUGGCCAGAUGCAACAGGUCCGGACACACUUCUCUACAGCUUAUGAGCUGCCUCUACUGACUCGGCCAGAGAACUAUGCACAGAUCCAGAACCCUUCGUGGAUUGGGAGUAGCAGUGGAGCAUCUCCAGUUCCGGGUUGCGUUGUGCCUUGUGACACCGUCCCCCCCUGCAUGCCGCCUCACCCUCAUGGUCCUGGAGGUGUUACUGACUUCCUGGGUGUGCCCAGUCCAGGGAGCAGCCACAUGGGACAGACACAUAUGGGCAGCCUUUUUGGGGGUCCUGGGAUGGGCGGGGGAAUCAAUGGCUAUGAUCUCAAUGUUGAUCCAGACCGCAAGUCCUCCAGCAUUGCAGCGCUGCGUAUGAAGGCCAAGGAACACAGUGCAGCCAUCUCUUGGGCUACAUGAUGUCACAGCCCACUUCCACCCUAUCCCCAUAUGGCCCUCUUCUCUGGAGCAGCCAACAGCGCAACAGGGCAGUGGGGGAGGAGUGAGUUUUUCUGAGAGCACUAAUGAUAAUGCAGGUCAAAUGAACAGGGAGAGACUGUGGCGAUAACAGAGGCCAUUACAGCGGCCAACGCAACCAAGAUAACAACAGUGACUGUGACAAUCAGCAGAUGCUGAAAGUGAGAGAAAAACAGAGGUGUGACUUAGAAAAAGAUGUAACGACGUAAUGACGUUUUGUUCAUUCUUGAUUCCUUGAUCUCUCAGGUGUCAUUGAAAUAUGGGGUUUAGCCCCCAAUUAACUGUGUUUCAUUCAUGAGUCAGUAAAAUAAGCAAUAUAAUAAAUGUGGUUUACAAAAUACUUUCAAUACAGGAAUUCAGUGCCAAAUCCAGCCAUAUCAUACCAUAUUUUAAUUUACAGAAUUAAUAUUAAUACUUUCUUUAGCUUAUUUUUUAUACCACCUAUCCUGCCCACUCAUUUUGUUUGUGUUACUUUAGACUUGUCUCUCACACUGUAUACAUGAGAUUGAGUACAUAUCUGAACGAUCAGUAUUUGUAGUUUAAAAGCCAUUUUAAAAAAACAAGGCCACUGGAGGAGAAUGAGCACAGAUGCAUACUACGAGGUGAGAGUUUAUUUUCUGUCACUUGUCAUUGAAAACUUUCCUUUAAAGCAAACAAUAAUUGGUCAUGAGAGAAAACAUUAAUUUUGUCCUAGCCCACGGUUGGAAGUUUAUGUCCCUGCAAAGAAGGAGAGGGGUUGAAUGCAAUAAGCGAACAGAGUCUAAUUGAGCCAGAGCAGACACGACCUGUGCCAAUUUAGUGUGGGAGGAAGGCAGGCAUUGGAUUCGCAGCAAUUUCAAACCAACGUGUCAUUUCCUCCCCCAGGGCUGCCUCCACAGGCUCCCCUGCUAGGCUCAGGCUCAGGUUACAGGAAACACUGUCUCCACUGCCAGACAAGGCGCAGAAACGCACAGCAGCAGCCUUCAACACCAACUAGCCACGCCAGCUUCAAUUAGCAACCAAAAGGAAUAGACACACCUAAUUAGCAUCAAAGUGAGCCGGCCUGCCCUGCGAACACCAUAGUACAUCACAGCGUACAUAGUGAGGACAUACUGCUCACACAGUUCCACACGCUGUAAUAAUCAAUUCACCAUCAGACGUGGGCUCAGCAGUGAUGACUCUCGGAUUUGAAGCUUGCUCACAGAAUCCGUCACAUGCCAGAAACAAAUCCAAAUCAGUGGCCCCCAUCGGCCUGAGGACCAUUCUAUAACGUUUAGGUAAUGUGAUGACAUUAGAGCUAGGCUGCAGGAAUAUGGAGAGUAUGUCCAGUGAUUGCAGGGGUGUCUCUGUGUGUUACCCCGCUGGAUUAAGUUUGUCACCAGAGCUGGGCUGCAGGCUGAGGCUAGAGACAGGCUUCAUUAGUCUUUUGGCUGAUCUCUCUAUGAAGCCCGCUUCUUUCCCCUGUGAGGGAGAUGGCAAGAGAGUCUGUUUCUGCUCCUCAUAGCUGGUUGAUCAUUUUAUCUUCUGAAUGCCCAUUACAGCCCUCUUGUUUAAAGGCAGGACUGCAACUGAUGGCUAUUUUCAGUCUUAGUAUUAUGGUUAAUCUGCAGAUUAUAUUCCCGAUUGGACGAUAAAUUGUUUGGUGUAUAACAUGCCAGAAAAAUCACAAUUUCUCACGAUCACAAUCUCCUAAAACCAAACAUGACAUCUUCAAAUGUCUCGUUUUGUUGUCUAAAACCCCCAAAUAUUCAGUUUACUAUCACAUAAGAUAAUAAAAAGCAGCAAAGUGAAAGGCUGGAACCAGACAGUGUUUUUGCUUGAAAAAUGAAAAAAUGAAAUUGAAAUGAAAUUUUUUAUAUCGACCCAUUGUUGCAGCUCCACUUGAGGGUUUAGUACCUUUAAAAUUUCCACUUAAAUUGUACAAAGAAUUACAAAGCUUUUCUUUUUUCCAUAUGAAGGAAAAGACAUUUUAGAAUUCCUAAUAAUAUCCAAUUGUGACAAAAAAGUGACAAAAAAGAUUGUUGUUGCCUUCUAAUCAAGCCCUUUCUAUGACGCCAUUCAAUAAAGGAUAAACAUUGUGAAUUAAUAUAGACUUUGUAGGUUGUGUGGACUAAAAAUCAGAAACAUUAUCAUCAAAUCAGAAUCUGGUCAAAACUAAUUUAUGCAUGACUACAUCUGAGACUGAAAUCCUACUUUGUUGAGUUGACUGUGUGUUUGUCUUUACGCUGGUCUCAGUGCUCCACUCCUCUGCAGCUCCGUCCAUGUUGAUACUACUGAAAUAAUGCAAUUGAAAUCCAUAGUUAUAAUGUCGUAUUAUGUGAAUGUGAACAAUAUAAAUGAUAUUGUUCUUUUGCUUGUACAAUUCUUUCUGCUUAUUUGUCAAAUAAUGGACCUCCAGAGAUAAACCAAUGAAGUAUUACAGUAAUGCCGAGAAAUGUAAAAUUAUGUUAUGUGUGUGUAUUAUUCUGAAGAGUUGCUCUGGACUUUUACACAGGCUGAAAGUGCUUUUUAAUUUUCUUAUAGCUUUAAGCAGCUUUUUGUAUGUUAAUCAAGUAUUUCUAUUUCUGAUUGUGACAUUAUAUAAUGUUCCAUUGCAAUAAGUUAUUGCACUUACAGUGUUGGAGAAUGUUUUUUUUGUUUUUUUUACUUCCACUGGGACCGUGGUGUCUUUAAAGCAAGAGGUGUGUGGUUUUGUGUCAAAACAGCCCUACACCCGUCUCCUACACCCGUCCUCAUUUAGCACCAUGAACAGUAUGACGUAGAUCUGUUGAAGGUGCUGAACAUUUGUUUGUACAGAAGGUAACUCGCGGUUUCUGUUGAUGAUGUUUUGAAGUGAUUUUGAAAUAAAUUAAUCUCCAAAGGUUGAA